AAAUGGAAGAAGAAUUUUGUUCAAAUACUUCAUCACCUUCUGGACUCCCCUCAUCUUCUUCUACAGCCACAAAUAGUUUGGUUAGUUCAGAAAAGAAGGAAAAAAAAAAUGAGCGUUUUCGUUAUGGAAAUUUUAAUCGUUAUUAUGGUGUGAGGACGAAAGGAUUUGAUCACGAUCCCCGUUUGGAUAUAUUACCAAAAGAAUGGUUUAAUAAAAAAAGAAUUUUGGAUGUUGGUUGUAAUGCUGGACAUUUAACUUUGGAAAUUGCAAAGGAAUUAAAACCUUCGUGGAUUUUAGGAAUUGAUAUUGAUGAUCAUUUAAUUGGGGUUGCUAGAAAAAAUAUUAGACAUUAUUUUGAAUGUAAUGAUGGAGAUGGACAAGAGUUUAUUGGAAAAUUCCCAGUAUCUAUAAAAAAUUACAAUGUUUGGUUUUCUCGAGAGAAUUAUGUAUUAGAAUCUGACGAAUAUCUUGAAAUGAUAAGAGAAGAAUAUGACGUUAUUUUGGCCUUAAGUAUUUCAAAAUGGAUACAUUUAAAUUGGGGGGAUGAAGGAAUUAAAAGAUUUUUUAAAAGAACUUUUAAACAUUUAAAUAGAGGUUUGGUUUUUUGA